CACUAGGAAACAUUCGUGCCUCUGAGCCUCUUGAACUGGUCAGCAUCGAUUUUUGGUCGGCUGAAGAUUCCGCUAAUAGGUCCUUGGAUGUGCUUGUCGCCACGGACCAUUUCACUAAAAUGGCACACGCCUUCCUGUGUCCCAACCAGUCAGCCAAAGCAGUCGCUCAUCAGCUAUGGAAUAACUACUUUUGCAUUUAUGGAUUUCCAAAGCGGCUUCAUUCCGAUCAGGGAGCCAACUUUGAGAGCGCUCUAAUUGCGGAGUUGCUGAGCGUGGCUGGGGUGCAAAAAUCGCACACUACACCCUAUCACCCCAUGGGUAAUGGCUCAUGUGAAAGGAUGAACCGUACGCUAGGUAACAUGAUUCGAGCACUGCCCCCUAGAGCAAAACACCGUUGGCCCGAUGCCCUGAAAUCAUUGACAUUUGCUUAUAACUGCACUGUACACGAGACAACUGGCUAUGCUCCGUUCCUGCUCAUGUUCGGUAGAGUGCCGCGACUCCCGGUGGAUGUGAUAUUUGGUUCGGUUCUCAAUGAUCCAGAAGUUGUGGACUAUGAUCGUUAUGUUGAGUCCUUGCGAAAAAACUUGUGUGAAGCAGUGGCCAUAGCACAAUCAAUGGCAACUAAACAACUUCAGCGCCACAGUGAUCUGUACAACAAGAAAGUGCGUGGGGCUCCGGUGGAUGUGGAUGAUCGAGUGUUAUUAGCCAACAAGGGGGAGCGUGGAAAACGGAAGCUCGCUGAUCGUUGGGAAAACACAAUCUAUGUCGUGAUCGAGAAAAACGAUGAGAGCCACACCUUUAAGAUUCAGAACCCCACCAGUGGUCAGAUAAAAGUUGUUCAUCGUAAUCUGAUAAUGCCAGUGAACUUCCUGCCUCUGUCUGAUUCAGAUUCUAAUGCUCAGGAACAGGAUGUUGUGUCCCUUGCAUCAAGUUCAGUGGACAUCAGUGUAGACAGGUCAGCAGUCACUGAUGUUGCUUCGGGGUCAGUUGAGUUUCGGACAAGGGCAUGGGUGUCUGAGUUACCAUCAGCAUCUGGCAGUGUUACGGAUGACCCUAUGGUGACUGAAGUUGACACUGUUCCUGACCGUAGAUCCCGAGCUGGACGGUUACUGAGACCAGUGUCUAGACUUAUUGAAAUUAUGCACUAGUGACUUGCGUCGGUCUUUGGAGUUUUUGGUGUUGGAAUACAGUUUUGUUUUCCAUUUUUAUUUUAUGAGAGGUUUGCAACAUUUUUGUAAUGUUGUCAUUUUGAGUUUGUCAUUUGAAAUUAUUUGACAUGGGUCUAGUCUAUUCUGAGGUGUAUUACAGUUACAUAUGUAUAGAAUAUGUAGGUGGGCAUAUUCUUUUUCCCUAUGUGUGUAGAUGGGAUUUGGCCAGUCCUUUUUCUCACGCUAAUCUUUUGAUGGUUUUCGUAACUGGGUGUGUAGCUGUAAUGGUAAUUAAGUAUUCCUCAUUAGCAUAUUGGGAACAGUGGUGAUUGGUUUCCUGUACUCGAGAAUUGUGCCUGGUAUUUUGUGUAAUUCUAGGGGUGAAUGUAACAUGUUCAUUAUUUAUAAUAUAAUUACACAAAAUUGUUCUUUUAUUUGUCACUGUUUCAUACCUGGCUUUUGAUUUGCUGUGCUGCUUUGGUCCUCCAGCCCCUUCUUCUGUAUUUUUAUUUAAUUUCUUCUUCGUGUGUCCCCCGGCUGCACCUGUAUAAAUACGAGGGUCGCGACUUCCUCUUCCCUUUUUGUAAAUCCCGUGUUGGGAAGAGGUAAGUCAUCUUGUGUAAUCCCCUGUUUUAAGUGUCUUCUGUUAUUAUUUUGCCCUAAUUUAUCAUUACUACACUGUUAUACUGCCAUUUAAGUUUAUAUUGAGCACCGAUGUCGCUCCGUCAUCGUGCUUUAUUGAUUGGAAGAAGGUAUGCGUGGAAUGCUAACUAUGUCAAUUGUGUUUCCUGUAGUUUUGGGCUGGAUCGACACUUAAGCACAUGUUAAUCAUAUCUAUUAUUGUCAACCAGAUUAAACGGAGAGCGCCUCCGAACGUU